GACCUCGAGCAAAUGCAUAUAUGCACACAUAGUACAGCUGUGAGCGACGCGCACCCGAAUGAAACAAAGGUAAGCAGCGACAAGCGCCAAAAAAGAACACCCGUGUUCGCAGAACGUCCGGCAAGAAAGAGAAAGCAUGAAAAGAUCGAACACGGGAAGAGAUACGAAUUUAGUGUGUGAGCGAGCGUCGGACUCGAAAGGCGAGUGGGGGUGGGAUGUGAUGGCAAUCGCAAGCUCCAAAAAGGAGCAUUUGCGAGCAGAAGUGGGAGACGAAGACGAAGGUGAAUAAGAAACAGACAGGGCACUGACACCCAUUUACAUACAAGCUCUCGAAACGAGCGAAUAAGACGAAUCGAACCAAAGCACCCUGAAGCAACUUCAACAUCGAACUGAGCAGAAAAAAAUAGGACCAAGAAAACGGUCCGAACACGCACACAACAUGUGCGCAGAAGCGAGGCAAAGCAGAGACUGCGACGCGAAAACAGAACAGAGAAAAAAAAACAGAUAUGGAGCACAAAUGGAGUAAUACACCACACUUGUACAGGUGUUUGUCGGUUGUUUGGCACAGCCCAUGCGGUCGGGCCGGCGGGUAGAACAGAGGCAAAGAGGCGUCAGAGGGACACGCUGAAAGAGACGGCCGUCCGUCCGUCCGUCCGCGCUUCGGGGAGAUGGGAGCAAGGUGGCGGCCAUAGAGCGACCGAGCAGAGCUGGGGUUGAAAGGUAGGAUGAUGUGAGGGGGAUGGAUGAGAGUGAUCAGUGAGAGGAGAAACGAGUGUACACGACCGCACGGUCGAAUUCCAGAUAGUCCUCUCCACCGGGUGAGUAGACUGGCGAGGAGAGGAGGGGUGACAAAGAGUUAGAGAUGGAAAGAAUGAGGGUGAGGGAAAACUUCAGCAGGGACAGGAUAGCACGAGCGGGUGGCGUUGCUUUCGAACCGCUUCGUGGACAGUGAGGCGCGAUGUAUGAGGAUAGAGAGUGUGUGAGUGUAUGUGUGUGAAGAGAAGAGACAGAGGCAGGGAAGCCGAGACAAGUACAAUUGAAGGAGAGUGGAGCGUGGCAUCCUGCGCCCUCGACCGACCGGCCAAACGAGCGAAAAAGAACCAGCGGCGAUCAAGGAUCGUGGAUGCUGCGGGUGUAAGUGAGAGAAGUCGAAAGCCAAGCACGAUGUACAGGGAGGAAACAGAGAGAAAAGAGUGUCAAAAUAACAAGCAUGCACAGCGAAGCAAGGACACUAGCGCCAGACCAGCCGGAAGGAGGAUGGAGCGAGAACGCGCGAGGUAUGGCACAGUGGAAGCGGACGGGUGGUUAAAAAAAGGCGAUAGUGUCUAAGUGGAGAAUCCGAGAUAUUCCUUGGUUUGUUCUUGAUGUAAGUAUGAUUCUUGCGUCGGCCUGUAGUAUGUAUAAA